AUGAUCGGUGGUGUUCCAGUCGGCAUGCAGAUGCCUGGCCAGGGAGGCAUGUUGGCCUUACCCUCCGCACAGGUCAGUGCGACCAGCCCAGUGAUCCGCAUUGAUGAGAUCCUAAAGGUGGAUGACAAGACAACAGACGAUGAUUAUAAUGAUGUGAAGGAGGACACUAGCGUGAUUGGCUGA